AUGUAUCCACAACAAUACCCUCCAACAGCGCCUCCACCUGCAUAUCCAUCGAAUCAAGUUGGGUUUAAUUCAUUAUCACAAACAAAUGAUGAACGAAUGUCAAAAUUUCAAUAUUUGGUUAAUCUUUAUGAAAUUAAUCGAGAAUUUGCUACACGAUUACGAGGUUUAGAAGGAUAUGAAAUUGCAUUUAUUGUUGAUGAUUCCGGAUCAAUGAAUACACCACUGGGUGAUUUAUCCGGUCCAUUCGAUCAUAAUCCAACAAGAUGGGAUGAACUUCGACGAACAGUUUCAAUUGUAGUCGAUAUUGCUUCUGUUUUUGAUCCUGAUGGUGUUGAUAUAUUCUUCUUAAAUCGUGAACCUAUGCGUAAUGUUAAAAAUGCUGAAGAACUUAAACCUGUUUUUGCUAUGCCACCAUCUGGACCUACGCCAAUUGCUCGUGUACUUCGACAUGUUUUACAAGCAAAACAACUUGAAGUUCAAGAACGUAAACUUCUAAUUCUUAUUGCAACAGAUGGUAUACCAACUAAUGAUAGUGGACAACAAGAUACAAAAACAUUAGAAAAUGUACUUCGUCAUGAACGUAAGCCAAUUAAUCGUAUACCAGUUACAAUUAUUGCGUGUACAGAUGAUGAUGAAUGUAUUGGCUAUUUGAAUAAUUGGGAUAAGAAAAUUCCAAAUCUUGAUGUUGCUGAUGAUUAUAAAUCAGAAAGAACUGAAAUUCACAAAGUACAAGGAAAAGAAUUUCCAUUUAGCUUUGGUGAUUAUGUUGUUAAAGUCUUAAUGGGUGCUGUAGAUGAUUGGUUUGACACACUUGACGAACGUCGUGUAACUGGAAGUGGUCCACCAGAUCGCCAUGCUAGUAAAGGCAAGAAGAGCAAAUGUUGUAUAUCUUAA